GCUCGUUCCUUUCGGGAUCUGUGAGUAGCUGAGGUUAUAGAUGGGCUCACCUCCUCGCCAAGCGUUGAUUGGCCAGAGCUGCCGUCAGUCAGAGGGAACAGACUUCCCUUCUCCAUCUGGCCAACUGCGGGCAAAAAAAAUUUCGAGACUGACCAGGAGAUGAGGCAGUGGCUCCUUUGAUUGCUUGCUCCAGAGAUAGAGUACAACGGAGAAGUCGAUCUUGUUUACCGAUCAAGAAAGCCCCUCUUUUGCCCCUCGGUAGCUAAUUAAGAAAUUUCCGGGAACUAGCCAUUACGAGUUGCCUGUUCUUGAAGAGAUUCCAUUGUUCCAUUGACCUUUGCUGCCAUUGAGGCCUGUGGAGUUGAGUUAUGUCAACAGCGGCCUUAAUUACUUUGGUUAGAAGUGGUGGGAACCAGGUGAGAAGAAGAGUGCUGCUGAGCUCCCGCCUGUUGCAGGAGGACAGGCGUGUGUCACCCCCCUGCCACAGCUCCACUUCAGAGCCUAGGUGUUCUCGGUUUGACCCUGAUGGUAGUGGACGGCCAGCCACCUGGGACAGUUUUGGAAUCUGGGAUAACCGUAUUGAUGAGCCAAUUCUGCUGCCACCCAGUAUUAAGUAUGGCAAGCCAAUUCCCAAAAUCAGCUUGGAAAAUGUGGGCAGCUCUUCCCAUAUUGGCAAACGGAAAGAGAAUGAAGAUCGGUUUGACUUUGCUCAGCUAACAGAGGAGAUCCUGUACUUUGCAGUGUAUGAUGGACAUGGGGGACCUGCAGCGGCUGAUUUCUGUCACACCCACAUGGAGAAAUGUAUUGUGGAUUUUCUCCCUAAGGAGAAGAACUUGGAAACUGUGUUGACCUUGUCUUUUCUAGAAAUAGAUAAAGCCUUUGCAAGCCAUGCCCAUCUGUCUGCUGAUGCAACCCUUCUGACCUCUGGGACUACUGCCACAGUAGCCCUGUUGCGAGAUGGUAUUGAACUGGUUGUAGCCAGUGUUGGGGACAGCCGGGCUAUCUUGUGUAGAAAAGGGAAACCCAUGAAGCUGACCAUUGACCAUACUCCAGAAAGAAAAGAUGAAAAAGAAAGGAUCAAGAAAUGUGGUGGUUUUGUUGCUUGGAAUAGUGUGGGACAGCCUCACGUAAAUGGCAGACUUGCAAUGACAAGGAGUAUUGGUGAUUUGGAUCUUAAAGCCAGUGGUGUGAUAGCAGAACCUGAAACAAAGAGAAUUAAGCUCCAGCAUGCUGAUGACAGCUUCCUGGUCCUCACCACAGAUGGAAUUAACUUCAUGGUGAAUAGUCAAGAGAUUUGUGACUUUGUCAAUCAGUGUCACGAUCCUAAUGAAGCUGCCCAUGCAGUGACUGAACAGGCCAUACAGUAUGGUACUGAAGAUAACAGUACAGCAGUAGUAGUGCCUUUCGGUGCCUGGGGAAAAUACAAGAACUCUGAAAUCAACUUCUCAUUCAGCAGAAGCUUCGCCUCCAGUGGACGUUGGGCCUGAUUGCUUCCUUGGACUUUGAGUUUCUGUGCAAUAUUGUUUUGCUGAGCGUGUGAAGAAACUGAUAAGAUAAAAAAAUAUUACCUACAGCAGUGAGUCGCUAGAUCAAUACACAAGUCUGAGUAAACUUAAUAACCAUUUAUAUAUAGGUGUUUUCAUAAAUACCCAUCACAUUUAUGUUCACCUGUUCAUGCUCAGUAUAAAAAUAUGUGUAAUUAA